AUGGCUCUCCAGAGUGUCCUGGGCCUGGACCUCCCGCUGCAGGCCCCCAGCUGGCCCCUGCCACCCCCGAGCGGGAGAGUGGUGCCCCUGCCGUUUCCGCUGUCCCACGGCACCACCACGCUGGCCUUCCGCUGCAGCCAUGGGGUAGUGGUGGCAGCGGACACCCGUGCUUCGAGCGGGAACCUCGUGUCUGACCCGUCGGCCCGCAAGGUCAUGACCCUCCACCGCCACCUCCUAGCGACCACGUCCGGGACAUCGGCCGACUGCGCCUCCUGGUUGCGCCUGCUGCGGUGCUCUCUGCGCCUGAGGCAGCUCCACGGCGGGCGCCAGGUCAGCGUGGCAGGGGCCGCCAAGCUGCUGGCUUUCCUCUUGCGGGGCUGUCGCCACAAGGACUUGUGCGUGGCCACCGUGCUGUGCGGCUGGGACGACGGCGGGCCUGCUCUGCGCUACGUCUACAGCGAUGGCACGUGCCUCCAGGGAGACAUUUUCGCAGUGGGCUCCGGGUCUCCCUACGCCUACGGGGUGAUGGACGGCUCGUACCGCUUCGACCUGCCACGCGACCAGGCUUUCAUGCUGGCCCGCCAGGCUGUGGCUCACGCCGCCCACCGAGACGCCUACUCCGGGGGGAACGUGGACCUCUACCACGUGCGGCCAAGCGGCUGGGUGUGCAUCUCCCGGGAAGAUCUCAGCCAGGUCUAUCGGGGAUUGGGGCCACUGGGCGACGGAGAGGGCGACACUAAAGAAAGGCACCGUGGAAUUGACUAG